CGCGCACCUAAUUGUACUGUGGCAGAAAUAUGGCGGACAUUCCAAAGUUGGUUAUUAUGUGAUUCGUAAUAUACCGUCUGAAUAAGCAUCAACAAUCAUCAUGCCUCCCUUAUCGUGGGAUCGCAUCAUGGCGGCAGAUGCCUCCAAGCUGUCAGAAGAUGAUGCUGAUGCCUUCUACGAGAUGUUAAGUGAGGGGGAUGCUGGUGGGGAGACGGAUGGGGGGAAGCUGCAGCAGCUGUUCAAGGUGACGAAGGCGGUGAUGGUUAACCGCAACCAGCAGUGUGAGGAGAUGAUCGAGGAGAUGGAGAAGGACACGAAAUCUGCCAAGAAGAAAGAGCAAGAGCUGGCCAACGAACAGGACAAAUUGAAGAAGGAGAUCAAUGACUUGAAGAAAUUUGGUGGGGAUGGUGGCGGCGGUGGAGGGACGACCCGUGACACACGGUACCUACGUGAUGAGAUCCGUGAGCUGGAGGAACACAACCAGCAGAUGAAGGAGGAGCUCAAGGAUCUCCAGAGAGAUCUCACCAAUGAAAAACGUGCAGCAGAGAAGUAUAGUGAACGGAUCAGCGAGGUGGAGAAGGAACUCAAGGAACUGCGAGAUGAGAAUGACCAGAUGCGGCAGGACAUCAGCGACUACAAGAUGCAGAUGCAGUCCCAGAGAGAGAACCUGGUGUCUCGGCGCGUGGACGACCUGGAGUUCCGAGAGAAGCUCCAGAGAAAGAACCACGAACUGGCUGAGGCAAUGGAGGAGCUCCAGAAUCUGACAGAUGCCAAUGACGCCCUGGAGAAGCGAUGCGGGGACCUUCAGCACCAGAUGGAGGAUGCCAUCACACAGAUGGACAGGACCACGGAGGACUACCUCAAACUCAAGGCUGUCCUGCAGGAGACGGACAAUGUCACAGAUAAACUCCGACAGGAGAACGAGAUUCUGAAAGCUCAGGUGUCUGAUCUCACCGAGCAGGUACAGUCACGAGGAGAGUCGGAUGAUGCCAUCAUGGUUGCCGUCAACAACAAGAUCGAGGAAUGGAAGAUCCUGAUGGGGGAGAAGGAUCAACAGAUUGGGGAGCUGCAGGACCAGGUGUUUAAACUGCGAGAUCAGCUGAUUGCUGCCAACAUGGACACUGACAAGGCUUCAGUGGCAGCUCUUGGACAGGUUCUGAAAGAGAAAGACAAGCAGAUUGAGGAACUGACAGAGAAAGUGAACCAGUACAUCUAUGAGAUGGAUAAGAACACCGCCAUUAUUGACGACCUGCGUGAGGAGCUGCAUAGAGCUGGGAGUGGUCCAGGAGAUCGGAUGCAGACCAAGGUCCGAGAGCUCCAGAGCACACUCAAGAGUCAGAAGGAGCAGCAGAGAGAUGUUGAGAGGGAAGCCAAGAAGGCAGAAGAAGAUGCUCGUAACAAAGACAAGGAACUGAAUGAGGCUCUGGAAAGAAUGAAGGAGUACGAGGCGGGAUAUGGAUUAGUGGAGGCUGUUGCAGAGAUCAAGGAAUUCAAGAACCAGGUCAAGGUUAGAGACAGACAAAUUGAGGAGUUGACUCAGCACAUCAACAAAGCUGAAAUGAAGAUUAAUGACAUGUUGGACGAGAAUGAGGAGCUUCGUUAUCGACUGAAGCUGGAUCCAAAGGAGCCACUGGAUCUCACUGAGUUUCGCAAGAACAAGGCCAUCAGGCAGGAGGAAGCCAAGGCCCUUAACUUCCAGCUCCAGAAUGAGAUCGAAGUUCUGGAAGAAGAGAGACGAGUCCUAAAGAACAGACUGAGGAAGAUGGCUCAGCAAACAGGACAAAGAGCUGUGGCACUAGGUCUGACAGCUGAGGACAUGUUGGCAGUUCAGGACUAUCAGGAGGAGCUGAAGGUCCGCAAGACACAAGGUCAAGCAGUUUCUACAGCAGCAGCCAUCUUGAAAGAGGUGGAAAGAAAGGAAAGCUAUAUAAGGGAUGAGGAGCUGGGCAAGGAGUACAAGCAGAAUGUGCGUGAGAUAAACAACAUGGAGGAUGAAGUAGCUCGACUCCGUGCACAGAACAAAGAGAUGGCUCAGCACAACAGGGUUCAGGAGGAGGCUCUCAAGGAGCUGAUGGAGGCCGUCAGGCAGCAGCCUCCAGGUUCGGCUCGUGAUGGGGUACAGCCUCAGCUUGGACAGUUCCCCAGUAUAGACAGGAUGCUGGCAGCUAUCGAGGCUAAGAAGGUGAUUGGCUCCUAUGACACCUCGCUGUUCCUCAAAGAACAAGUGGAUGUGUUGCGAGGGCGUAACGACGAGCUCCGCAAUGAACUCCGAGAAGCACGCGUGGAAGGGAACAAGAACCGGAUGGAGCGAGACAAGGCAUUUUACAAGAUAGAACAGAUGGAGAAGGACCAUCAGGCCUUCCAGGAGUCCGGCAUCGCUCCUGGGGCGUUCAAGGCCCUCCCACUCCCUGAAGGCAUGGCUGUGACCAGCACUGAGAUCAUCGCUAAUCUCAACGAACAUCUUGUGGUGGUGCUGCAGGAGAUGUCGCUGAAGGAGGAGAGCAUGAAAAAGAUGGAUAUCUCGCUGGAGAACUACAAGCGCAAGUUUGCCGUGAUGAGACACCAGCAGGGACUUGUGUACCAGGAAUUCCUGGCAUCAAAGAAGGAGUGGGAGGCAGAAUGUGACAAGCUGAAAGAUCAGCUGAAGAAAGUCCAUGGAGAUAGAGAGGAAGAUUCUGUCCGCAUCCAGGAAUUUGAUAGGCUGAUAGACACACUUGGCAAGGAUGACGUAGAGGUGAGGCGCCGUCUGGCUGACAUGACCAGGAAGAUCACAACGCUCCGUGUCAAUGAAAAGGCACUGACAAGGCGCUACCAGAUCAUGGAGGAGAUUGACACCAGGCUUAGAAAGGAAUUGCAUCAACAGAGGAAUGAAAUCACACAGAUACAAUCUGCCAUCUCUGAGAGGAUGGGCUACCUCUCCAGAUUCAAGGACAUGUCAACCUUCAAGAUCAACCAGCUGCAGAAGACUCUGGAAGACUCAGUGCCACAGAGUGACAUGGAUAAGAUGAACCGGCGCUACCAUGAACUGACGGAGAAGUACCGCGACCUCCUUGAGAAAGGCAAUAACCUGGUGUCUAAAGCUGAGGCCCUCACUGGACUUGAGGCAGAAGUGAAGCGAUUAACCAAUGACAGUGAGGAGUUAAAGACAACACUGAGUCUGGAGAAAGAGAAACUACAUGCCUUAGAGGCAGCCAUGGAAGAACUACACAGAAGAGGUGUGACAGAGGGUGUGGAUGUGAAGGUGACAGAUGGUGACAUCAUCUCCAUCUCCAAGAAGAUCACGAUGCUGGAGAUGAAGGAGCUGAACGAGAGGCAGCGGGCGGAGCAUGCAGUUCGGAUGUACGAGCAGCAGCGAGACAUCCUUCGGGAACUAGAGACUCGCAACAAGGACCUGGAAGAAAAGUUCUCUGAGGUUACUAAGCUGAACCUUGAGAUGCAGAAAACCGAGAGAGAUCUGCGAGAUGAACUUUCAGAUUCCGUGACAAAGUCUGUGAGUGAUGCAGACAGGAAGAAGAUAUCCCAACUGGAGGAGGGCGAGCUGACUCUCAAGCAUGAGAUUUCCAAACUGAAGGAAGUGGCAGAGGUUGCGACAUCCCAGCUGAAGAUCUACGAGACACAACAGGUGUCACAUGACAAGGAACUUCAGUCGCUACGGCAACAGCUCCUUGACUUCCAGAUGCAGAGUGAUGAGAAGACCAUCAUAGGUAAGCUGCACCGCACCAUCGUGCAGCUGCAGGUGAGUGAGGGCACAGCAGGGAGGAAGUGGGGGGAGGCCAGGAAGAAAGUAACGAAGCUGGAGGCCCAGGUGUUGCGAGGAGAACACAGGCUGGAGGCCCAGAACCAGACUAUACAACACAACCGGGCAGAGGCACAAAACAAGGCCAGGUACCUCAAGAAGGAGUCUCAACGAACUGUUGUAACUUAACAGUUUGCAGGAGCUGUGAGCGGGCUGUCCAAACAGGAGAAGUUCUCAAAGAAUAUGAUGCAGUUGAGGCAGGAGUUUGCUCUCCCUACGAAGCUGGAAGAAGAGCUCCGAGAUGGGCGUCAAGUCCGGGACCAUCGCGAGGGUAUGCGGGACAAGGUGGCGGAGCUGGAACUGCAGAAGGAGAGCCUACAGGAGCUGAUCUCCACUCUGAAGGACGGGCGUGGAGCUGCUAAGGUGGUGGAGUGGCACUCCAAGAUUGAGACAGUUCGUCUUGAGGAGCUGAAACAGAAGAGACUCAACACUAAACUGCAUAAACAGAUCAAGUACCUGGAAGGAAUCAUCCAAUCCCAUGAACUGACAAUAGCCGACUUCGAGGCUGACAACGUCAGAGUCAUCAAGGACUACGAGGAGAGACAGUUGAGAUGGGACAGAGAGGUGGAGCUGGAGAGGACCGUCAUCAGUCUGGAGAGACAAGUGGAGGAGAUAGUUGGGGCUGCAUCCAGGUUUGAGCAGGCAGUGGGCAGCCUUCCUGAUUCCAAUCUACCUGUGGCCAGUCAGCUGGAUCAGGCCAUCUCCACAAUCAAGGGCAACGUCAAGACCAUCCUGGACACCAAGGCUGAGUCCAAGACACUGAGACAGAGGAAUAGUGACCUGGAGAAGCAGCUGCGUGAUGCGGAGCGAGCCAUCAUUGAGCGGGAGAAACUGAUCUCAGAGCUAAGACUUAGGAUGCCAGCUACUGCCGACCGGGAUGAGAUAAUCCUCAGAGCCACGUCAAAGGUCACAACGGCCAUGAAGAAAAAACCAGAGGAUCAUGACUUUGAGAGUCAACAGGCGCUGAAGAUUGCCCAGUCCACCAUGUCCAGUUUGCAGGCCCGCAUCCAGCAGAAGGAGGAGACGAUACACAAGUACCAGGAGCUGCUGAACCAGGCCCGGGAGGACAUGCAGGACAUGAACCGACGCCACGAGCAGGAGCUGAAGGCCAUGCAGCAGAAGAUACACCUCAACACUGACGCCACCUUCCUCAAGUUCAAGGAGGCAGCUCAGCAGCUCAUGAGCAGACAGACCACAGCCAAGGGACCGACCAGCAAACAGCUGGCCCGCCUGACGGAGCUGGAGGACAUGGUUGCCGAGCAGGAGAACUCCAUCGCAGCUCUCAGUGAGAAGAUGCACUUCAAGGAGGAGGAGAUCAUCACACUGCGAGCCAAACUGCAGCAGACGGACAGAAUGCACAGCACAGACAAAGAGAGGUACACACCACAACCAUGAGAGAUCAAAGCUGAGCUGGCCAAGAGGGACUCGAGGAUCGAUGACUACCGCCGCCAGCUCUGGGAACAGAAGAAGAUGGACAUCCUGAAUGAUGAGAUUGCAGCACUGAAGGACUCCAUCAAGGCUCCAACACAGACCAUGAAGAACCUGGUAGAGAGGCUGAAGAACCAGCUGGCUCUCAAGGAGAAACAGCAUCAGUCGCUCAGCAAGGCCCUGACAGAUUUGAGAGCAGACAUGGUGACCCAGGCACAGGAUAAUGUCCGAGCACAUGCUGAAGAUGCCAGUCAGGAGAAGAACAUACAGAGACUUAUAGACCAGCACACCAAACAGAUGGGGGAGCAGAUCGAGGACCUCCAGCUGCAGAUGGAGAGACAGAAGAAGGAGAUCAAGAAGAGGAAGGAGAACGAGCACACGCUGCACACAGACCUGGAGGACGUGCGGAAGAGUUCUGUGAGUAAAGAACGGAGCUGCAACAAAUACAAGCGGGAGAAGGAUAGGCUGGAACAUGAGGUGGAUGAGCUGGAGAAGAAGGUGGAGAGGAUGAACACCAUGAGAACACAGAGAGCUGGAGAGUUUGAGAAGCAACAAGAACUGGAUGAACAUCGUCGCCGAGUACGUCUGCUAGAGGAUGAAUUGAAGAAGCGCCAGACAGCUGAAAAGCCAUAUGAACAAAAAGAAGAUCGUGCCAAGACAGAGGAAGUUUCUCGGUGGGAGGAGAGCAAGAAGUGGCAGAGGACAGUGGAGAAGAUGAAAGUGAAGAUUAGGGAGAAGGAUGCAGAGCUCGACAAGAUAAAGAAGGCCAAUGACCUGUCAAAGGUGGCGCUAGAAAGAGCUAACCGCGAGAAAGAGAGCAUAGAGGCCAGGUCCCGUGCCAUUGCCCGCACCACCGUGUCACAUGUGAGUGCAGCGCCCCCUGGAAAGGCCGGACAUGACUCAGAGGAGUUGAAGAACAAAAACUACAUGCUGCAGGAGGAGGUGGCCAACCUCCGGCGCCAGCUGGUGAUGGACCGGGACACAUCCUACAAGGAGACUCAGCUCCGCAACCAGCAGCUCAGUGAGCAGGUGGAUCAGCUGGAGAGAGCCCUGGCUCAUUGUUCCACAAGUGGCGGAGUGACAACCAUCGAGUACCAAAAGUUGUUUGAGAAGAACCAGGACCUCCAGCGCCAGGUCCUGAAGCUGUCGGAGGAGAAUAUCGAACUCCGCUUCGAAGCAGAACAGGCUCGGAAAGACCUGCCCAGGAUGAAGGAUCGUAUCAAGGACCUGCAGCGAUAUGCAGAUGCCCUGAAGAUGGAGAAUGCCCAGCUGAGUGGCGACACCGCCAGAUCCCUUGGGUCCUCCAACACCAGCAUCAGGAGGAUUGGUGAGAGUGGCAAGAGUAACCGGGAACUUGAGAAGACGAUUGCUCUGCUGAAGAGAGUAGUUGAGAGACUACAGAUGGAGAACGAGCAGCUGAAGAGGGCUCCAGGCUACAGCGCCACAGACCAGGCGGCCAUGUUUAAACUGGAGAAUGAGGCACUCAAGAAACAACUGGAUGAGCUGCGUGAGACAAUGGGAGCCACGCUGAGCGACCGCUACACCACCCAGCAGAAGGGCACUGCCAGGCUGAUGAAUGACUAUGAGAAGAUGAGGAAGGAGCUGAUGAAGGAGAAGGAGACAUCAGAGAAGCUGCGUGUACAGCUGCGGUCGACAGAGUUACAGUCUGACCACCACCACAAGGAGCUGACCGACACUCGAACCAAGCUGGAGAUCGAGGAGGCCAAACGCCCCAAUGCCAUGUCCAGCGACACCAAGGGCUGGAAGUCAGCCGUUGUCACUCGCAUGUAUGAGGAGAAGAUCAAGGGUCUGGAGCAGGACCUGGAGAAGAAGAACAAGAUAGUGUCAGACACAAAGAAGCUGUUGAAGGAUGCAGCUGAACGGGAACAGGAGCUGAUCAGGCACCAGGACGAGCUGCAGAAAAAGAUCAUGGUUCUGGAGAGGUUUCCGGCCGGCAGCCAGGCUCACACCAGUGAUGCCAACCUGAUGAGGGAGUACCAGCAGGCCAGGUUGACCAUUGAGCAGCUGGAAGAGCAGAAACAGGAGCUUCUGAGUGAGUUGCGACGUAGACGACCUGCAGGUGGCAGCUCCACACAGCUUGAUGACGACAUCCUGACAAAGGCUGGUAACUAUGACCGUGUUCUGAGAGAGAAUGUGGAGGUGACAAUGGAUCUCAAAGGAGUCAGGCUGGAGCGGGAUAAGUUGCGACUGGAAGUCGAUAAGUUGAAGAAAGAACUUGAAAGCUUUGGUCCUGAAUUCUUCGAAGAGGUUGAAGAUCUUAAGUACAAUUAUAAACAAGCCGUCCAGAAAAAUGUGCUAUAUGAAGAGAAGUUGCAACAAAUAUCUACACAAUUUGGAAUCUCUGUCAAAGUGCCUGGCAUAUAGACUAGUGAUCUGCCACUUUCGUCAUAACUACAUACCUCAGUAUAAUACAAGCUUGAAGAAGUACCAUCACAGUGUCUCCUACUAGUGAUUAGCAACCUCCACAUUAGUCAACACUGCCAACAGGUGCCCCUUUCCAUUAGCUGUGUCAUAGAUUGAGAGAACCUUUGACAACAUAUAGCCAUCUCACAUCUGUAUGGUUAUCAACAAGGAGAGCUGUAACUUAGUCAUUUCAUUCUGAAAGAGACGUCCAUACAUACUUAAAUAAAAUGCAAGCUGUAUUUACAUAUAACUGAAAAAGAUCAAGUGCUACAUGUGUGAAAGAGAGCAGAAAUCAGACCAGUUUUCACUGUUGUUAGAGAGAAAAGUCAAUAUUUUUUACCAUUACUGAAGUGAAUGAAGGCUGCAGGAAAAAUGUCUGUGCCUUAAGCUUGUCCAGUGAAAAUGCACAAACAAGUCUGUGCAUUAACAUGUCCAGUUGUAUACACCGUAACAUUAGUGUAUUUUGUAUAUGGUGAGCAUCCAGACUGGCUCCAUACCCAGCUGAGGGUGUGAUGUGCCUGACCAAUUUCAAGAUGUUAAAAAUUACCCUGUUAUAUACAGUGACAGUAGUGUAUUGUCUGUGUUGUGAUCAUCUCGAUUGGCCAAGCAUAUAUAUAUAUAUAUAUAUGUGUCUCUAUCCAGUUUCAUUCAACUACCUGUGAUAUUGUGAAUGUUGCGUUAAGAUGUCAUAUUGCCGUCCUCUUGUACUGUAGAAAACAUUUACAUAUUUAUUCGUCAAGCUAAUUUUGUAUUAAAUAUUUAUGAAUUGUG